UAUAGUAAAACACCAUGGAUUUGAGUCUUCUGCUUGUUGAUUCUUAUUCAGCUGCAGAUUUGGUGCAAUUUGUUGUCAAUUAAAGUCAGAGAUUAGUAUCUUCGAUUCGCCGCCUUUGAUUCUGUCAUGGUUUUCUGCAGUUUGUUUGAGUUUGGGAAGUUGAGAAGAAUAGGGCACUGGUUCACCACUCGCGUUUCAAAUAACUAUGGCGACGAGAAUCUCAAGCUGCCUCUUCCUCCGCCUAUAAAAGUUUCUGAUACUAAGAGCAUUAUCCCCAAAUCUGAUUGCGAGACAUGUCCAAUAUGUUCGAAGUCGAUGAUCGAGGCAGGGCAAAACUUAUUCCAAGCAAAAUGCUCGCAUAAAUUCCACUUCGUGUGCAUCGAAGAACACGCGAAAAACGUGAGCAAACAAUGUGUAGUUUGCGGAGCCGAGUUGGACAGUCUCCUUACACUCCUUUCUUAUCUUCAAGAAGACGAUUCAAAAAUUCAGAUCAAAAUCUAUCCGGAAGUCGAAUGGAUCCAAGAGGAAACCAAAGUUGAUAAUUUCAGAGUCGUAAUCCACGUGGAACCAAAAAAUCGUCAGCUCCAUGCUCCAAUUGAUCUUGUCGCGAUUCUUGACGUUAGUCAAAGCAUGUCCGGGGAGAAAAUCGAGCUGAUGAAACAAGCGAUGAAGUUUGUGAUCAACCAUCUCGAAGACGAAGAUCGGUUGUCGAUUAUUGUCUUCGCUACAAAAGCCCGAUGCUUAUUUCCUUUUCAAAAGAUGUGCGAAAAUGGCCGCAAAUUCGCUCUGCAAGAAAUUGAUUCGUUUGUCGCCAAAGGCGCAACUAACAUGGCAGAGGCUUUGGAAAAGGGUUUCGACGUGAUUCUUGAUCGAACAAUUGAGAAUUCUAUUGCCAGCGUUGUACUUUUUUCCGAUGGCCAAAUUGGAGACGAAGACAAGGAGAUCUUAAAAUAUUCGAGGGGCCGUGACGAUGACAAUGACAACAUCCCGGUUCAUACAUUCGGAGUCGGAUCCGAUCAUUGUUCGACUACGAUGCGUGAGAUCGCAAAUUCCACCGGUGGGACGUUUUCGUUCUUCAAAAACGAAGAAGCCAUCGAAGGCGUGCUUACGCAAUGCAUCCCGAAGCUUUCGAGCGUCGCGGCUACUAAUCUUCAAAUCAGACUCGAGUGCGCCUGCAACGACGUUUUCUUAAAAGAAAUCGAUGCCGGGUCACAUCUGACUGUCGUAUACUCCGAUCAACGGUUGGGAGUGAUCGACGUUGGUGAUCUUCACCUUAAUGAAGAGAAGGAAUUUCUCGUUUCGAUUAAAAUUCCGGCCGUCAAGACCUCGUUGCUUAACGUAAGUUGCAUUUACAAGCACGGCCAUACCUCGUCAGAUAAAUGGGUGAUCGGAAAACCAAUCGAGGUUAAAAUUGACAGACCUAAAGUUGUUAAACCGGAAAAAGUUUCUAUUCAAGUCGACAUUGAGGACCGGUGUCGUUUAGCCCGAGCAAUUUUGCAAGCAAUACAUGCCGGUGAUGAAAAAGAUUUCCAACAAGCGAUUUCCAUCGUCGAGAAUGCUCGAAAAUUUUUAUCAGUCAGCACGACAGUGUGUUCCCGAGCAAUGUUGUAUGCCGCGCUCGAUCAUGAACUCCAGAUCACAAAGGAAGACAUGAUAAGUAAGCAAGUAUAUCGGAUUCGGGGUCGACCACGCCUUCUAUCAUUGCUAAACUCGAUCGAUGGGCAACGGAUAACGCCUUGGUUAUUGUCCUCGUCGGAUAUCUCCGAUCAACUUAAGCAUUGCUUUCUUUUCAACUUCGACGUUACAGAGCUUAUAAUCUUCAGUUCUCCUCCUCUGCGCUGCGCAGCUUGUAAUUCCGAAAGCAAUCGAAAUGGUUUUCUGCAGUUUGUUUGAGUUUGGGAAGUCGAAAUGGGAGAAAAAAUUGAGAAGAGUAGGUCAUUGGCUCCGAUUCCCGACCUCACGCGUUUCAAACGAUCCGCCUCUUCCUCCGCCUACAAAAGUUUUCGAUACCAAGGACGUUAUCCCCAAAUCUG